GGAAUAGACUUGCAGCCAGUUUACAGAAAUGUCAAGACUUGUCAGAUUACUUCACUGAAAACAGGAAACAAAAUUGAUCAACGCACCGGAGUGGUAAACUUAAACUGUUCUUUUCGCUUGCAAACUAAAACGCUUUGUUUUCUGCCCUGUUUUGCAGCGAUUUAUUCGAAUGAAGUCAGGCCGUUCGAAUAUUUGCUUGUUUCUGUUCCUUGAGCUUGAACUUUUAACCAGCCAGGCUAGUAUAGAUAUAAUUCGUGUCAUAAAAUUCUCAUUUCUGAGAUCGAGAGGUCGUUUGUCGUGGGCAACAAAGCCUGUGGUGUAUGCUCAAUUCCUUGCCAAAAAUUGACUGGAUUUUUAAUAAAAAACAUUGAACUGCGAAGUACUUCAAUAUCUAGAUUUUGUGUCAAAAAUCACCCGAGUCUCGUUAAAAAGUUGUACUUUGAUCAUAUAAUACCGUCAUGUUUGUUCACAUCAAAACUUGUCACUGUUUUUUAGUCUUGUAAGCUCCCUCAAAUGUGCAUCGCCAACGAAAGUUCAGUUGAAGAGCUAGCACUGUUGAAGGGCCAAAUAGAGCUAACAAGUGCCCAUGGCUGCCAAUGUAUCGACCCUCAAUCUCGCUGCUAUAAACAGAGAAACAUACAGGUGUACCAUUGGGGAACUAAAUAUGAGAAGAUUGUUGAUGUCGGUCGCUGUGUCGGCUCUUGU